AUGGCCGCAGGAACGGUAGUCAGAGCCAUCAGUGACUUUCUGUUAUUUCUUUGCCUCAGAUCGUCAGUUCUUACCACUGCCAACGCCGUCCUUCUUACUGCUCUAUUCACGGGCCUUGCGGGCGGGAGCUAUGUGGUCCCUACAGCCCAAUUAGCUUUCCUCACCGAUACAUCAUCCCCUACCAAGCGGACCUUCGUACUCGGCCUCGCCUUGGCGAUGAUGCCAAUAGGUGGAUUCGCAGCACUCAUCCUUUCUUCGGCCUUGACCGCAUUCAAGCUACAUGGCGUAGCCUUCAGUGUUUCAAUGUUCACACAUUUGACAUACCUCGCUUAUCUCACUUUCUUCCUGCGCGAACUCCGCAAGCCACCCCAGCUCGAAGCGGUUGCUCCGGAAGAAAAACAAUCCUCGAUGAAAAAACGGGUAUCAAAAGGAGCAUGGUUCCCUCCAGUGGUCAUGAUAUUCUCUGACUCAACACUUCGCUGGCUCGCUACGGUGGCAUUUUGCCUUUCACUUGUAUCGCAGAUCCCGAGCACAGUUCAGUCAGAGGUCGGCGAACAUCUAGGUGUGAUGCCUCUAAGAAGAACGCCAAUCCAGGGCUGGACAACGCAAGACGGGCCAUCUAUCGUGGAUAUUGGACUCGACAAUGCUCCCAAGGGCGCAAAUCUUCACGGGGACAGCAUCGUAGACGUUGGAUCUGGGAAAUCCAGGUUCGAUUGCAAAGUGGCAGUCCGACAGGAGCUAUUGCUUUGUCUAAUAUGCUUCGUCGUGAAAGCGAUGUCGCUCGCUCUGAUACCGCUAAGCAGGAAUGCAUCUCACUUCAGCGUGGCAUAUAUCGUCGACGCGUUCAGCUCUCCUGUAGAUGCCUCUCUCUUCACGCUCACCACGCUGGCAACAGAGCCAGGCCAGAUUGGACGUGUCCUCAUGGGUGUUAGCGUGAUAAAGGAUAUCGCGCUUGCAUUACGCGAGCCUCUGCUAUCCGCCAUCUCCAAAGCGAUUUUGGAAAAAACACCAUUCACAGCAUGCUGGUUCGCUGCGGGCAUUUGCGUCCUAUGUGGUAUCAUGAUCGCGAGACUACGUCCUGAGAUGUUUCGCGAGGACGAUAGGCAUUGA